GUAAUGAAAUCAGCACAGACGAAGGUAAAUUUCUUGAAUUAGUUAAUGUCUCUAAUUCUGUUUUAUUAGUUUGGUCCUUGUAUUCGACCAGCAAUUAUACAAAAAACGUUGGAAAACGUGAGUCUCUUACGGAAAGGGUUUUCAACUAGUUUCCUCUAUGGUGGUAUACCCUAAUAGUUUUAAUGUCUACUUUCGAAAGUAUUACUGUUGCUGUUGUAAUGAUAAAAAACGUUCAAGCUGUUCUUUCUGAGACUUAUAUGACAAGCGAUGUCUGACACGAUCGUUCAGAUUUGCUUUCCUUCCCCAGUGUAAAACGUGGAGAAAAAGGAAAAGAACGUUUAAGUUUUAAUUUAUCUGUCUGCUUACAUGUAGUUUCGUUUCCCGUUUGCCAAUUCAUGGCCAGCGCGUACGCGCGCUUUCCCGUAAAUCUUCAAAAACCUCUAUAAAAUUUUGGCAAAAGCGUGGGCCUAACUGUAGUUGUUAAUUGUAUCGAUUUUGUGAAAUUAGGGCUCCACUCGCUCUAGACCGAGAAUUUCAUUGAGAAACAAAUUGAAGCCAUAUUUCUUCACGACUUUUUUCUACUACAGCUUAGAUUGCGAAACCCUAUUUGUUUGUUAUUAGUAUUUGUCUUUUCAUUUUCCGAGCGAAAUUACAUUUGAAGUCUGGUUUUUAUUUCUCAGAUCACCGAUGAAAAGGAGGAGAAUCAGAACAUCACGGUCGAUGGAAAGUUUUCAUUCGAAAACGAUAGCCAUCUUCGAACAGUCUUCGAUGCUCUAAACGAACAACGAAACAGCACGCGCUUUUGUGAUGCAGUGUUGAAGGUUGGCGAACGAGAGAUUAGGGGCCACCGAUCUAUUUUGGUCGCAGCCGUACCUAAAAUCCUCGAUAGACAAGUCAAGAAAGGUGAUACCGAGUUUAUAGUCGAUUUGGAAGGGUUAGAUCCUAACGCUGUGGAAGUUUUGGUGGAAUUUGUGUACACGGGCAAGCUCUUUGUCACUUCAGACGGCGUUCUGAACUUAUUCCAAGCCGCCAAAAUUCUUGGCAUGAAACAAGUUCAGGACUCAUCGGAGAAGUUUAUUCUCGAGAAAAUUCUUCCGCUGAAUUGGAUUGCUCUGAGAUCGUUCGCAGAGGGAAACGACUGCCCUAAUUUGAUGACGGCAAUCGACGAAUUUAUAGCGCACAACGUGGAGGACAUCUUCCAUAAGAAGGACUUUUUCCAGUUACCUCGGCUGCAGAUCGAACUUGCAACUACAAAUAACAGACCAGAAGAAAACAUUGAUCCGGUAAAUCUUUGCCAAAUGGCCUUAACGUGGGCACAGAAGCAGCUAGAGGUGAGGAAUAAAUCUUGUAGGCGUUUCUAUAUUUACUUGUGACCACUUCCUUCACCUGCCGCUUUUUGACAGCAACGUUCAUUCUUGUUAUGGACGUUUAUUGACAAUUUGAAUUCUGCCUUGUAGUUUAAUCUGGGCAAAAAUAAAAAAUGAAAAUAAAGGAACGAUCAGUCAGUUGUUGUAAAAGUGUUGAAAGCCCUUACACUCAAAAUUCCACAACGAAAGCAGAACUUAGGAGAGUUUUGGCGCUUUUUGCUCGCUACGCGCCAACUUUCAUGUUUCGCGGGAAGAUAAAUUAAGCGCCAGGUCUUGAAAUCCAAUAUCUUGACUAAUCAAGGAUUAGGGUAAAAUGUUUCAGCAGCUUUCGUGCCUGCCCCUUUGAUCUUACAGUGACCUCUUAAAAUCUGUUCUUUGUUAAAUUUACUUUUUACCUGGAUUUUUGUCAUUAUUGCCAUGCCCAAAUCGGAAACUACUCUAGCUAUUUUAUGAUAUUUUUAUGCAAAGUUAGCAUAAACUACUUUACAUCAGAACUUGUCAAAAUGAAACCCUUUGGAGUAGAAUUUUCGCUAACCCCACAAAAAUCUCUAUAAAGUCAAUAUAUUAUAGCAAAUUUUUCCCUUGAAAAUACUUUCCUUGAAAAUUGUUGUUCCAAAAUUUGUACAUCAUUUUUGGAUAUGGGACAAGCCUCUUCUUUCCAGACACUGGCAUAGACUGAUUGUAAAUUACUGAUGAUCUGUUUUAGCGAAUUAGUAUCCUAGGCAAUGUAUCAGGAAAGAAGGGAUCCCAGCCAGGAAAAAAAAAGAAUAAUGAUGGAAAUGGAGUAAAUUUAGUGAAGCAAAAUAAUAUGAAAAACCCCCAAAUAGUCAAAUACCCUAAUUGUUAUCCAGAGAUCUUUCAACCAGAUUUUUUUUUUGAUGAGCUGCAGUAGGACACUCGAAAGAGAAAGACAUUGUGUUAAUGAUUUACAUCUGUCAAAGGUUUUAUCUUUCUUGCAAUUUGCAUAACAUCAACUAUCAAGGUCUCCAGCAGACUUGGUCUUAUUUGGAAGAAGCUGCAGCACUUCCUGAUUUGUUUUUGUAGGGAUCAGUGAACCUGUAUGUGUAGCACAAGUUCAUGUUUUAUGUUUUUGUGGCUUUAAAUUGUGGGACAUUUCAUUAACUUUAAACUCAACAAUAAUAUUAUUGAAUGACUCCCUUUAAAAACUAUAUGAAGUUGUUAAAUUAUUCAUGGCAUCCUAAUUCCUUGAUUAAGAAAAACUUUCCUCAAGGCAGUGACAUUUUGUGGUAUUAGUGUAUGUGUGAUUAAGCCCUUGCAGUUUUCUUCUAGAGAUUAAGAGUUAUUUCAGUGAUUUUUUAUGCUGUUUGAAAUGACCAAUAGAAAAAUUUUAGUAUAAGCUGACAUCCUCUUAAUGCCAUUUUCUAUCAACUCAUCUGAGGAAAAUGUAAAUUUCUUUCCUAUGUCAAACAUCACUUUUCCUCUCUGAUGAUGGGUCAUAAAGUGUACCAUGAGAUCCAUAUAUUUGACUAACUUUUCCCUAUGUAAAUGCCUUGGUCAAAUUACAAAAUUGGAUCAUUGUGAGAGACAAAAUCCUCACUCCUUCUUGUUUUGUGAGAGUGCAAUGUUUAUUUUUCUUUUAAAGUAGUGAAGUCUUCUUUUAUUACCAUAAAUGUUACUCUUUUUAUAGAGCUGGAGUACAUUUUCUGCACAGUAGACAAUACCAAAUGAGAAAGUGGAUGUGAUAAUAACUAAAUAUGUGAGACUAGACUUUCAGACUUAUUUUUGUUUUGUUUUUAUUGUCUUAUUAAGCAUAUUGUUUUAGUCUCUCUAAAAUAAAGCUUUCUGUUUUGGUUAAGUACUUUUUCACAUAAUAGUUGGGUUAUUUUACUAUUUGCUCUCUUAAACAGGGCACAUAUGUGCCUAAAUAACCAUCUUUCGAUCUUUUGCUGCUGCUGCUCCUCAACUAUGGAAUUCAUUGCCCUAUGCAAUUAGGAGUAGCCCUUCAGUAGCAUCUUUUAAAAAGACACUCAAGACAUUUUUAUUUCAGAAAGCUUUUUUGUGAUUUUAUGUGCUUUUUAAUCUUGUUUUUGGUAGGUUUAUGCAGUUUUUUUUUUCGAUUUAAGUAGUUGAGGUAAUUUUGAAAUAUUUUUAAGUGCUGAUGAAAAUAGCAAUAUUGAUAUCGGCACUAUAUAAGUAUUAUUUUAUUAUUAUUAUCAUAUCUGACCCUCCUGAACUGAUUGAUAUGUAAUAACAUACAAAACCUGUACUGUGUUUUUUAUUUGUUUAUUUUGUUGUGCCAAAAAUGAGACAUUAGUUUAUUAAUUGCUAUGAUGUCUUUGUUUGGCAGCAAGGAAAUAUCAGCUUGAGAGAACUAUUGGAGAAAACCCACAUUAUGUUCCUGACAGCCAAUGAGGAAUUAAAAGAGUGCACUAUGGAAGAUCUUGACUCUGGAGAUGAAAAAUCCAAGCUCAUCAUCACUGAGGCUCAACGAGAAUACAUCCGCUACACGUCACUUGAGCAGCUGGCUAAAGCUGAGGCAAGCACCAGUGAAGAUGAAGAGGAAUUGAUUGUUUUGAUGGAAAACAACAACAACAAAAGAAACAGAAACACUCAUAUGAUUCAGGAUUUCAAUGUGAUUGGUGCCACUCAAACCAGUGACAGUGGCUGUGUGGGUGUUGCUCAUGUCGAAGGGAUGCUGGUAGCCAUAUCCAUUCAUAGUCAAGCCUCAACAUGUGCCAACAUGUCAGACUCUGGUGACUCCUGCUGCUCUGGAGAAGAAUGGGUGCUCAUUGCCCCAAUGAGUAGAGGUGUGUAACAGUGUAAAUUCUCUUGUCCAAUUAACAAGGAUGUAUUGAGUAGUGGAAGGGAGAGUUGUUUAUUUAAUCAUGGGAGUGAUGGUAAAUGAUCUAGAAUUUGAUAUGAGAGCAUAAAAAUUUGUCCCAUCCACAUUAAAACAUUUUUUUUUUCAAUAAAAUUCAGCUAUUUUCUGCUUUUUAAUUAGUAACCAUGCUAAAUGAAUGUAACUGGCUUUCAUGAACAGUAACAUAAUCUGUUGUUGGAUUAGUUUCUGCUAGGAACUCACAAAACUCUUUUUAAUUGAAUUUACAGGAAUAAAGCAUUCAGAUUGGCUCAGCUACUGGUAGUGCUUAAAAUGAAAGUCAAAUAAAAACUACGGCCACAUUGAAGAAAAUCUAGUUACAAACAACAAAACUUAUUUGUUAUCUGGAACAAUUCGAAACCUGGAUCUAAGUGUUGGUUUGUACCCUGUUAAAUUUUUAAUGAAUAUGUGAAGUACAUGAAGGUUAACCAUAAGUAGUUUUUUUUUUUUUUUAAGAAGCUGUUGUGCUGCGUUGGUAGGUAAUUGGAACAAAAGGAAAGUGGGAAGAAGACCGAUGACAGGUUUAAAUGUUUUUUUUUUAUCAGGUCGCUGUAGUGUGGGAGCAGUCGAACUAAAUGGAAAGCUGUAUGCCAUUGGUGGUUACGAUAGGGGUGACUGUCUAAACACAGUGGAACAGUAUGAUUGUGAGACAAACGAGUGGAUGCCUGUCACAAGCAUGAACUCGCAUAGGGGACGGCUGGAGUCAGAAGUGGUGAAUGGGAAGAUAUUUGCCAUAGGAGGCUCCAAUGGAAACACUGAACUCAACACCAUGGAAACUUACGAUGAAUCUACCAACAUUUGGAGCUUUGGACCCCCCAUGAUACAAAGCCGAUGCAGUUUUGGAACAGGAGUCAUUGAUGGACGCAUUUAUGCAGUUGGGGGCUACCAAGGUCCCAGAAACCUGAAAAGCGUUGAAGUUUAUAGUCCAGAGAAAGGGGAGUGGGCCAGGGUGUCCCCAAUGAACACAGAGAGAAACAACCUGUGUGUGGAAGCCUUGAAUGGGAAGCUGUAUGCAAUUGGGGGGUACAAUGGAUGGACUUGUUUCAAUACUGUGGAGUGCUAUGACCCUGAAGAAGAUCGAUGGUAUUUGGUUCCACCCAUGAAGACAGCCCGUCGGGGGGCUGGUGCAGCAGCACUUCAUGGUAAAUUGUUUGUGAUUGGUGGAUCUGAUGGCACGAAUUUCCUCAACAGCGUAGAGUGCUAUGAUCCCUCAACUGAUGAGUGGAAAACAGUGGCUAGUUUGAACAUUCCCCGCCAUAAUGUUGGAACUGUGGUCAUUAAAGACCACAUCUACACCGUGGGAGGUUUUGGUGGCACGUCAUUUCUGAAGAGCAUUGAAUGUUAUGACGCAAAAAAUGACAAAUGGAACUGUUUUGUUAGUUCCGAUUGAGAGAUUAGUUCAUUCAGAAACUGCAGCAUCGGCAUCUAUCUUGAUUACAAAACAAUUAUAAAGGAGUGAACUUCAUUUUAAUCCUGGAAAGGAUAUUGAUUUAGUUUUUCAUUGUAUUUGUAUUUGAGCUUCCUGGAUAGGUUUUGGAAGUAUAUUAGUUUUAAUAUUAAUUUAUUAGAGGUAGAUUUUAUAAGAUUUUGUAUUUUAGAGUCGAUGAACAUAGUUUAGUCCACCACUUUUCCAAAAAAAGUACAAACCAUGAGUGAUGCAACUCUCCUUCAUUAACAUCAGUGAUUUUUCAGCCUUUGUAUUUUCAACCAUACCUAUAAUACAUUAAUUUUAUCCUUGCAGAUUUGGUGCUUGCUCCUGACAAUAUUUUAUUUUAAAGUGACUCAUUUUCAGUCACAUUAAAAUUGAGUCUUUAGUGGAACUGAACUGAGUUUUUCACAUUUAGCCUGGAAAAGAUUACAGAAAUUUGAAACCUGUACUUAAUAUAUAAAUACUGUUAGAAAAAGGCAAACAAGCUCAGCACAACUUAAAACAUGAGCUGUUAGUUGUUGAUUUGUACCUUUGUGGUGAUGCAGAAUGUUACAGUAGAUUCCAUAAUUUAACCUCUGUUAUGUCUGGUUAUCAGAGUUUUUGUUGGAAAACACAUAUUGGAGUUUGGAACUCAUGAAAGUUAACAUAAUUUAUUUAAAUUGGCAGAAUUUUAGCAGUAAUCUGGGAUCUGUCAGUGAACCCAAAGACAAAUUUGUGAUUUGAUUUUAGAGUUACAUUAAGGUUUUAAGUUAUUUGAUGUUAGUUGUUGAUUAGUUGACUGCUUAAAAUUUUCUUGCCAAUCAAAAACAAUUUACAGAGUGUUUCUAAUUUAAGUCAUGUUUUGAAAUGAGAAAGAAAGAGAAGAGAAAGUUAUUUAGAGUUAAUGACUGGUCAAAAGUCAACAAAUAUUGAAUGGCAUGGGCUUGAUUUAAUUUUUUCUCGCAGUUUCUUCUUACUAUUAUGCUUAACUUAAAAACCUUAAAAACAUUGGCAUGUUAGGGAGCAGCUGAAUUGUGUAAUUUUUAGUAAACAAUGUGACGUGAAGUUUAUUUAGCUUGCUUUAGCUUAAUCACGUCAUCUUGAAGGGAGAGGAAUAAAUGUUCCCUCUAGUGUGCAACUACUAAUAUUUAUUAACACAUUGGUUGAAAUGCUCUGUGUUUUGGGGACGAAGUGUUGAAGAGCCAGAGUGACUGCUGAAAAAUGAUAUUAGAAGACUUUCACAGUAAAUGUAAAACUAUUUAAAUAAGCAUUGAGUAAAUUCAUCUAUGUGGUUGCAAAAACUUUUUUAAACAUAAUUAUUAACAUGUAAGGACUUGUUUAAGAUACUAUGUCUUUGCAUGAGUGUGAAUAAAAUAUGAUUAGUG